AUGACGCCGCCCGUGCCUUCCGUCCUGGCCCCCCCAAUGCAUCACCCGAUCGAGUUGCUCGACCAGCUCCUCGGCACACUCCUCCUGGUGCUCAGCCUCGGCUUCCUUGUUUUGUUAGACCUCACCAGGCGGCGGGUGCUGUCCUUGCAUCAGUUUACGUUUUGCCUCGCUAGCGUCGUGGCGACCCUGACAAUCGGCGCCUUCAUCGAGCACAACAUCCCGAACGACGUGCUCGAUCUCGCCCUCUUUGGGUACUACACACAAUCGUCCACUGUCCUGCAACUGCGGUACGCGCCCUUCCUAACAGCUGCCUUUGCGACGGUCGCAUUCCUCGUGGUCACGUCGCUCUGCUCCUGUACGUGCUGCUGCUUGUGUGUCGCUGGUCCGUCCAAGGACGCUAAGUCUACUGCCGAUACAUCGCACCAACGAUGCGUGUUGGCGAGGUUGCGGCACGCCCUGUCUGUGUAUUGCCUUUCGAUCUUCGCUCUCUUUCUUGUGCUCGGCAUGCGCCUGAACGCUCGUAUGCGUCUGAGCGCUAUCAAACCCGUCGGAGGGACGUUGCACUGGCAACUUCUUCAGACGCCGGUUUGUGUCGCGGCUCUGCACAUCGCGAGCCUCGCCCUCGUGGUCCUAAAAGACGUCCUUCAACACGCGGAGGCCCCGCAUGGGGGUCCGUGCCAGCCCUUGUCGCGGGAGCUCCGCCAGCUAACUUCCCCUCCAAACGACAGCGCUGGCAUUCAACCUGUCCAUGGAGCCCCCACGACACCAGGAAAAAACUCGAUCAACCACCAGACAAAACAACAAGGAGCGCUGGCGCAGUCCUUGCGUCGCCUGCCGAGCAAGUCCUCCACAACGCGAAUACGUCUUGAAUCGACGGACGACGACGCUCGAAGCAAAUCGUCGUCGUUGGUGGACACCGAGCCGUCGUCGCCACCCGGCUUCGUCGAGCGCGCCGCCUCGUCUCCUAGAUACAGCAAGAACUCUCGAGUGCAGCGAGUGUCCCCUGUCCGUCGCAGGGCCGUCACUGACGGCGACUCGAUCCCUUCACCAACGCGACGACGCGCCACCCCUUUGACUCCUCGGGAUGCGUCCCCAGCCUCCCCAGUAGUGGAGGCAGCAGCCCCCGGCGACAUUUCCAACCUCAUCAGCAGCGAAAGCGAAAGCGACGACGACGUGAUUGUGCCGUCCGUCGUGCGGCAGUUCACGUCGGAAUACGCCAUGACGAACCGUCUGGUUGCGGCACGCAGUGAAAAUCGUGCCAUGCCUCGAGGAUCGCCGAGUGUAGGACGGAGCGCCACGGAGCAAGGAGGGAAUCAUCCGCACCACGCGCCACCGACGGGGAGUCCAUGGGUGUUGUGCUACGAUGCAGCGACGUCGGCGCCAUAUUACUACUGCCAUGACACGGGCGAAAGCGCAUGGGAGAUGCCGGGGGGGCACGACAAAUGGGAGUAA